GGUUAAGUUGACCAAUUACCUACCAGCUACCAGUCGAAGACGAGUAAAGCAAUAUUGAAAUUAAUUGUACAGUAAAUGUUCAGCGAACAAAGCUAAUUAUCAAGCUUAAUAUCUUUAUUCAGUGGAGGAGGUUGUGAAUAGAUUUUCUGAGUGAUUGGUUCAGUUUGGUACUAUUAAACAGCACAUUUCCUUGACUUUAAGAUGUCCUUCAGUAAAGCAAAGCGUCUGCUUCUUGGAUUGGGUGCAGUGUCCGGGGUAGUGACUAUUUGCUAUUUGAAAAAGGAAAGAAAUACUGUACACGCAGCAUGGACUACAAAUUACACUCCAUCUGCCUUUGCUAAAUGGGACGAUAAUUGGGAUCAUCGAUCUCCACACUCUAUAACGAAACCACAUAAAAAAUUGAGUAAUAAAGAAGAAAAUAAAAUUAAUGAAGAAAAGGAAUUGUCCAUACCGAAGGCCUGUAGACAUCUGAUUCUUAUAAGACAUGGACAAUACAAUCUGAAUGCACAAAAGGAUGAAGACAGGUGUCUCACCAAAUUAGGAAGACUUCAAGCUGAAUAUACAGGAAAAAGAUUAAAAGAAUUGAACUUUCCUUAUACAAAUAUAGUUAAAUCUACCAUGUGCAGAGCGUCAGAAACUGGCAGCAUCAUAUCAGAAUUUAUUCCAAAUGUACCUGUGUCAAACUGUGACCUUUUAAGAGAGGGAGCACCUGUUCCUCCAGAACCCCCCAUUGGAGGAUGGAAACCGGAGAAUUAUAAGUAUUACCAGGAUGGAUCAAGAAUUGAAGCUGCAUUUCGGAAAUACUUCCAUCGGGCAGAACCCAGUCAAGAAAAUGAUUCAUACACAUUACUUGUUUGUCAUGCCAAUGUGAUUCGGUAUUUUACUUGUCGGGCACUUCAAUUCCCAGCAGAGGCUUGGCUCAGAUUGUCUCUGUAUAAUGGAAGUAUCACAUGGAUUUCAAUAACACCUAGCGGAAGGUGUAUUUUAAGAGUUUUGGGUGAUACAGGCCACAUGCCACCAGAUGUUAUAACCAGCACGUGAUUGGGAUACAGACUUAUUUCCAGAUACUGGACUUGGGAAUAAUAUUAUCUAUUUCGGAUUUGAAAUGGAAAUGUUAAUAUCAUCGAAUAUCAUACAUCUGAAAGAUAGUAUUAAGCAUAUAUGAGAUAGUAAUUCUCAUGCAUCAAAAAAGUUAUUAUUAAUGUAUUAGGACUUCCAGUGAAUGUUUGUAUUUCACUAGAACAAAGUAUAUAUUUAUAUUUUUUUCAAUCUUGUUAGGUUCAAACAUUUGUAAUUUAAGUAGUAAUAAAAGUAUUUUGAGGUGUCCUUUAAAA